CACCACCUCCACACCUGCACCACACAUCACCACCAUCACCACCAACAUGCAGCAGUGGUGCAGAGUGUGUGGAGAAGCGGCCGCAGGCUUCCAUUUUGGAGCCUUCACGUGCGAAGGCUGCAAGUCGUUUUUCGGACGCUCGUACAAUAGUGUGACGUCUCUGUCGGAGUGCAAGAGCGGCGGCCGCUGCGUCAUCACCAAGAAGAACAGAACGACGUGCAAGAGCUGUCGGUUGAGGCAGUGCAUCAAAGCCGGCAUGUCCAAGAGUGGCUCAAGGUAUGGUAGGCGGUCGAAUUGGUUCAAAAUCCACUGUUUGCUCCAAGAUCAGCCUCCUUCUUCUGACACAUUCACUCCAAUAGCGACUAAGUUGAACGCCAACAGCCACGCUAAAAAUACGAGGAACGAAAUUGGACACGACGCUCAUGAAGAGCCGGUGCUAACGAUAACCAAAAAAGAAAUUAAGCGAGAGUCAAAUGUAGAACUUGAAAGCCCGACUAGUUUAGAGAAAGUGAGACAGUCUGACGUCGAGAUAGCGUCGAAUCCUAAAAUGGAAGAAUCCGUAACUAUUACAAGGAAGAUUGUUGGAAACGACAACCCGGCUUCGCAGUCGCCAGAAUUAAGCAUUAUCAGCCCGAGCACAUCGUCUAAUUCACGAUGCAAUAAAUUUGAUAUUUUCAACAGUGCCUCUAAAAACCACUGGCCUUUGUUUGUUCCUUCAGAUUCUAAUUUUCCGAACGCCUCGCUAUCACUUCAAUUUUUAGCUCAGGCGGCUUCUUACCAGAAUUUCCAUUCGUCGACUUCCUUGUUACCUGAAUUUUUAGAAAAAAUACAUCCAUCCACAUCGACAGCAAGCGAGUUCAAGUUGAAAACUCCAAUAAUUAUGGAUUGUAGAAACCAACAAUCAGAUAAUCAAGUAACGGACACACAAUUGUCUCCCAUGGAAACAUUCCAUCGAAUUUUCGGAAGCGGGAGUGCCUGUAGAGCUAAGGAAGAGUUACAUACUGCAAUGGAAACUUACCUGGGGUAUUUAGAGUCUUCGACUAGAAAUAAAUUUUUUGGUAUUCGGUCAUCGAAGCGAGAGUGUGAUUUUGAAAUGCCAUUGUCAUUAAAUAAGCGAACUGAAUUUCAAACCUAUACACAGAAAUCUUACACGGGCUUUCCUCAACAACGAACCGAAGUCCUCGCUAGCCACCAAGAGGAGCCGAUUGAUCUUUCUAUAAGAAAAGAAACUCGCGAUUCGACGGGCAUCCAUGGCCCAGUCUCGGUGGGGCCCAUGGGUUUAAAAAAUGUGCCUUCAUUUGUAAACGAACGCAACUGCUAUUCUGUUCCAUCACUAAAAAAUGAUUAUCAAAAAGAUUCACAAGAUGAUACAAAUGCCGAAUUAAUGAACGAUGGUACUUCAUCAACAUCUGAAGAAAGUUUCAUGAAAUGUAAAAGUUGGAGCGACUUCAACCAUAAUUCGAUUGAUGCCACGAGUAUCCCAUUGCCCAGAUCACUAACUAGACCUGAUUUAAACUAUACUUUACAAGAAUUGCAGCAACAAUCUGUCUGUUUAGAACCAACUGAAAAUGUUCACAGACCUUUCGUACGGAAAGAAGGGAGUACGCAUGUUUUGGACACUGACGCUUCUUGUUCAACACUACCGCCUUCUUUACGCGCCUCUCCGGAUGCGUCACAUCUACCGCUCCUUGUUCAAAUGCAAGCAAAAGCAUGCCAGGCAACAACAUUUUCUAAAAUAUUCGAUGAUUACGAAAAAAUUUACGGGAUCAGUGCCGAUGCACUGAAAGCUUAUGCAAUCACGGGCACUCCCUUAGAAAUUUUUCACAACAUUUCUGGCCCCAACAAUUUUUUUCCAAUGUCCAAUGAUGAAACUCUACAUUUAAAGGAUACAUCUGGAAGCUGUCUCAACAAAGAGCACGAGUCAAAAGCACCCGAAAACUCAAUAAAGGGACAAAUGGCAACUAAGGACGAGCAAAAAAAUACUACUGAAAAUCCAUUGGUGGAAUGUAGCGUUGUGGUGUCCCAAGUCUGCUCGUCGUCAGGAGGGCAAGAGGAAAUGGAAAGGGCAAAUCCUCAAAAAAAUAAUAGGCUAGUAGAUCAUCUAAGAUGAUGACUUAUAGUGGUUUCUUUAAUUAGAGUACGUGACUAAUUUGGAUCGAGUCUGUGAUCAAAGAGAAAGAAAAAAUAUAUUUUUCCUUCAGAACUCACUGACAAUUGGUCGGCAAAUAUUUCGUUAUGAAGCAAACAUGAAGAAAUGCCAUUAUUCACGUGUAGUGAUCACGUGAGGGACAGUUCUAGGCAAGAGGCUCAAUUUGAAGAAAUUAAAUCGUAAAUAUUAAAUUUACGUGCAGUAUAAUUUAUACUCGAGGGAGUAUCUGUCAGUCUGGUUUUAAUAUUCGCGUAGCUAUUAGUUACCAUUAAAUCAUAGGAUUUUAGUGAGAAUAAUGAGUACAACAAUAAAGUAUACAACGUAAAUGCAGGAGGUGAAAUACCAGAAAUAUUUGUAACGAGAGGUCUCCCUUUUUUAUAGCGAUGAAUGUGCUUACACGUAGAAGAAUGUAGACAUAUCAAUUGUACGACUGGUUUUCACAGCCAUUUAAAA